UUGCUACAGUGUGUCAUUAGCUAUUUGGCGUUUCCACUGGACAACCACUCUUCUCCUUUUGGUGUUGUAGCACUUCGCUUUAAGCCGCAUCUACUACAAUGUCCAACACGCGAAAGAAAGUAGUUAUCCCACCUGAGCUCCCGGAGCUCUUAAAGCAGUUCACCAAGGAUGCCAUCCGCACUCAGCCAGAAGAUCUCAUUCAGUGGUCCACAUUGUACUUUACUGCACUUGUCCAAGAAAAGCCAUUGCCUGUGAGGGACAACCUGGAGAAGGCCACUGCCCCAAACUCUAUGGACCUCACUCCACAGGCUCUUCAAGCUAUGCAUUCCCAGGUGGGAAGUAAUAGCAAAGUAACGAAGGGGCAGAUUGUAGAGGUGUGGAAGUCCUUUGGUUUAUCGCAGGACCUGCUCAAGCACAUCUUCGCUGUUGGCUCAUUUGGUGAUGAGAUUGAAUGGAUUAAAUUCUUUGCUCUUGGCUGUAGCUACCUAGGAGGGACCAUUAAGAAUGCCAUGGUCCACGCCUGCUACAUGCUCAAUUCAGACAGCAGCUGCCUUCCUCCAGACGCGGUCAUCCCCUACGACACCUUCCGCUACCUGUACACCUACCUGGCGGCGGUGGAUGGAGAGGUGGCUCAGACACAGCUGGACCGAGCCCUUUCCCAGUUAGAGUCACUUUCGAGGGAUAACAAUGGUGUGGUCAAGGUGACUGACUUCAUCAACAGCCGUACAAUCCGUUUAGGAUGAGAUUACUGAUGACACCAGGAUAAGAAAAAAUAAAAUAUAUGAACAGAAA